UCGUGCUCUCUGGAUACCAGCUCCGGGUUUGUUGGGGAGGAGGGGAAGUGUAUUUCAGUUCUCUGAGAUUGCUGUCUUUCUUGUUUGUUUGUUUUUUUUUGGGGGGGGGGGACAAAUUCUCUCCCACCCUUAUUUUGCAAAACAUCAGAGUCGUGGAUUUUUCUCUGAAAGACUUGAUCUAAGGACGCAGUGUGGGAGAAUCUAGCUCCCCGGUCCUGUGUCUGACCCCGGCUGGGGGCUGGUGUAGAUCAGAUUGGGUGAUUUGUUCUGUUUCUUCUCCUGAUGCUGUUGUGUACAUGAAAGGAGGAGCAGCUCCCGAGGAGGCAUGGCAUGAGCUGGAAGCAGUCGCUGGAGAGUGACUGUAGAAGAUGUCGAACCAGAGUACUGGUGACACCAAGCCCCCAUGUUUACCCCGGAAUGGACUGGUGAAGAUCCCCACCCAACCCAAUGGACUUGGCUCUGCCAGCAUCACCAAAGGGACACCAGCAGUGAAAAAUCGGCUGUGCCAGCCUUCUUCCGUGCCUGCUAUCAUCAGCCCAGCCUUACCCAAUCACAGUGACCUUCCCAUACCCAGUCUGGCAUCACCACGGUCCUUGGCAACUCUGGCAGGGGUGCCGUCCCCUUCCAGCACCUCCAUGGUGGGACUGAACUUGAGUGAGGCCUCCCUGACAAAUGAGCACCCCUCCCCAGAGAGGCUUCCUGGUUCCCCCACGGAAAGGCAGCUUGCUGUGGAUGAGAAGAUCCUCAACCGCUUGUUCUGGUACUUUUCAGCCUGUGAGAAAUGUGUCCUGGCCCAGGUGUGUAAGGUGUGGAGGCGGGUCCUGUACCAGUCCAAGUUCUGGGUAGGCCUGACACCAGUGCUGCACACCAAAGAGCUCUACAACACCCUGCCCAGCGGUGAGAAGGAGUUUGUUAACCUCCAGGGCUUUGCUGUCCGGGGCUUUGACAGCUUUUGUCUGGUGGGGGUCUCAGACCUGGACAUUUGUGAGUUCAUUGACAACUACCCCCUGUCCAAGAAAGGGGUGAAGUCCAUGAGCCUUAAGAGAUCGACCAUCACGGACGCAGGGCUCGAGGUGAUGCUGGAGCAGAUGCAGGGUGUGGUGCGCCUGGAGCUCUCUGGCUGCAAUGACUUCACAGAAGCCGGCCUGUGGUCGAGCCUGAAUGCUCGCAUCACCUCCUUGAGCAUCAGCGACUGCAUCAAUGUGGCUGAUGAUGCCAUUGCCGCCAUCUCCCAGCUGCUUCCCAAUCUGACUGAGCUCAACCUGCAGGCCUACCACGUAACGGACACAGCCUUAGCGUACUUCACUGCCAAGCAGGGCUAUACCACCCACACCCUGCGCCUCAGCUCCUGCUGGGAGAUCACCAACCAUGGGGUGGUCAACAUGGUGCACAGCCUGCCCAACCUGACCAUGCUGAGCCUCUCUGGCUGCUCCAAGGUGACUGAUGAUGGGGUAGAGCUCGUGGCUGAGAACCUGCGGAAGCUGAGGAGCUUGGAUCUCUCAUGGUGCCCUCGGAUCACUGAUAUGGCCCUGGAGUAUAUCGCCUGUGACCUGCAUAAACUGGAGGAGCUCGUUCUUGACAGGUGUGUGCGGAUUACAGACACUGGACUCAGUUACUUAUCCACCAUGUCAUCCCUUAGGAGCCUGUACCUCCGCUGGUGCUGCCAGGUGCAAGACUUUGGCCUGAAGCAUCUCCUGGGCAUGAGAAGUUUGUGCCUGUUGUCUCUUGCUGGCUGCCCCCUGCUGACCACCACUGGGCUCUCAGGCCUUGUUCAACUUCAAGACCUGGAGGAGCUGGAGCUGACAAAUUGUCCUGGUGCCACCCCGGAGCUGUUCAAGUAUUUCUCCCAGCACCUGCCGCACUGCAUGGUGAUCGAAUAAGCAGCCCCAAG